AUGGCUUUGCACACACUCCUACGGUCGCGCCUAGCCACGGCACAUGCGCGCGGUUUCGCUGUGCGCGCGCUGCCGCCGCUCGGCACGCCAUGCCUGCGCGAACAGGCAAAACCGGUGCCCGAGGCCAUGUUCGGCACGCCAGCGCUCGACGCCAUCGUCGCCGAUUUAGUGGACACGAUGCGCGACGCCAACGGCGCGGGCAUCGCCGGCCCCCAGAUCGGCGAGGGCUGGCGCAUCUUCGUCGUGGAGGGGAGCGGCGCGAACCCGCGCUACCCAUACAAGCCGAAACUACCGCUGACGGUCUUCGUCAACCCGGAGCUCGAGGUCGUGGACGAGGCGCCCAUGGAGAUCUUCGAGGGCUGCCUCUCCAUCCCCGGCGUCCGCGGCCGCGUGGCCCGCGCGUCCAAGGUGCGCUGCGCCGCGCGGCGGCCCGACGGGUCGAGUUUCAGCGUUCUGGCGGCGGGCCACGCGGCCGGCACGCUGCAGCACGAGCAGGACCACCUCGACGGGAUCCUCUUCCCGGAC